AUGAUCUUCAACAUUCCCCUCCCCACCACCUUUGGCGAGCCCAUUCCCACGGUUCCCAGCAAGCCCAUCCCUACCGUACCCAGCAAGCCGGUUCCUUCCAAGCCCAGCAACAAGCCCGAGCCCGAGGACGAGGACAUCUUCACCCCUUACACCUUUGGUGAACCCAUUCCUACCGUGCCUAGCAAGCCCAUCCCUACGGUUCCUAGCAAGCCCGUUCCCAGCAAGCCCGGCAACGGCAACAAGCCCGUUCCCAGCAAGCCCGGCAACGGCAACAAGCCCGAGGAGUUCGAGUUCGACGGUCUCGUUCCCUUCCAUACCUUGGGCGAGCCUAUUCCUACCGUCCCCAGCAAGCCUAUUCCCACGGUUCCUAGCAAGCCUGUUCCUGGCAAACCUGGCAACAAGCCUACGGAUGAGGACACGGAUCUUGAGGAUGAGUACUAG